GCAAAUCAAAUGUUCACACCAGUGCCUCUCGCCUAAGCGCAUUAGGAUAUGUUUAUCACCUCCUUCCCAUCCGAGUUGGCUGGAUAUUAGUCUCCUUUCCCGCGUGGAACAUUCUUGCGUCUUUUCCGCGAAUCUCUGUCUCUCCACCUCUCUGUCUUGUCCUCCACGUCUCCUGCAAAAUUCACUCCAUUAUAUUUGACGGUUGUAUACGUGAAAGGGAGAGAGAGAAAGAGAGAGAUUCCGCUAUAUUCAUGGGAUGGGUUCUUCAUUCCCAGAGAUUGAAUCAUGUUAUCCCUCCGUGGUUAAAUAUGCUCAGAUCGGUUAUGUUGUUCUUGCCUUCUUCACAGCUCUUCUUUUGGGUGCUCUGAAAGGCUUAUUGUUUGGUCCUGUUGCAUCCUUUCUCUUUAUUCUUGGCAACGCGGUGGUGAUAAUUGGGCUAUUUCCCGCACACCUCGUAUGGACCGUUAAUGCUGUUUUAAAGUACGCCAUCCAUGAGAGUCUGAAACUUGAACUUCUUUUCACAAUUUCAACACUUAAGGUAGUCAUCUUACUGGCUCUGCCAGUAGUCUUCUCCUUGUGGUUGGCUUUGGGUGUCUCUGGAAGUAUCCUGGUUGGAAUCGGAUAUGGGUUCUUUUCACCUUGGGUGGCGACCUUCGAGGCUUUUAGGAUCGAUGAUCAUUCGAGGAAAUUCUUGCACUGCCUCGUGGACGGGACCUGGGCUACUGUUAAAGGCAGCUGCACCGUUGUUCGAGAUUGCGCUGAUGUUUGCUAUCACUCGUAUUCUCAGUUCUUGAAGGAGAUGCAGGAAGGAAAUAGUUCUCAUGAAACUCAAACCAUAAGACUGAUGGUAGUCCCAGCCUGCAUCAUGGUGGGACUUAUGGGCCUGCUUGUAGAGCUUCCUCUUUUCACAGUAAUAUCUGUUGUAAAGAGCCCGUACAUGCUUUUCAAGGGAUGGUGGAGGUUGCUGCAUGACCUAGUGAGCAGGGAAGGGCCAUUUUUGGAAACUGUUUGUGUGCCAAUUGCUGGUUUGGCAAUUCUUUUGUGGCCCUUAAUUGUCGUUGCAAGUAUUGUUCUUGCCAUUUUCUCAAGCAUAUUUGUUGGCUUGUAUGGAUCGAUUGUUGUUUAUCAGGAAAAAUCUUUUAGGAGAGGUAUUGCCUACGUGGUUGCAAUGGUAGCAGAAUUUGAUGAGUAUACUAACGAUUAUCUUUAUCUGAGGGAGGGAUCCUGCCUACCAAAGCCUCAGUUUAGAAAGAAAAUAAGCCAUCAUUCCUCAAGUUUUUCAGUUGGAUCUGUCCAUGAACCAGGAGGCUUAUUUCCACCCCUUCAUCAGCAGAUGCCUUCGCCUGAUGGAUCACCAGGGAUGCUUAUACCGAAUUUAGUUCCUACAAUGUCUGUUCAAGAAACAAUACAAGAAGUGAAAAUGGUACAGCAGAUAUGGGAAGGCAUGAUGAGGUCCUGUGAAGUGAAGGGCAAGGGACUGAUUGAUGUCAAUGCCAUAACGAUGUCUGACCUGAAAGAAUGGUGCAGCAGCAGCAGCAACGACAGCAACAACCAUGCUAUCAUCAUUGGUCUUGGCUUACCAUCUUAUGCAAUUUUACAAAGCUUGUUGUAUUCGAUUAAAACUGGAGCUACUGGACUGGUUUUGAGUGGUGGAAUUGAAGUCACCCAUCUCAACGGCCCACAGGACCGGCUAUUCGAUUGGUUUUUCAACCCAGUGAUUGUUUUGAGGGACCAGAUCAAGGCCAUAAAGUUGGGAGAGAGUGAACUGAAAUUCUUAGAGAAAUUCACCCUGUUUGGAGGAAAUAUUCAACGAAUGGAAGCUUGGGAAAAUGGUUCGGUGGUUCCUCAGGACAUGCUUAGAAAUGCACAGAUUCAAGCCAUAAGCAGAAGGUUACAGGGGAUGACAAGGAGCAUCAGCAAGUUCCCAACUUACAGAAGGCGAUAUUUUAAGGUGGUGAAGACAUUGAUGGCUUAUUGUCUGCCGAUGAAAGAAGGAAUGAAUCCAUUUCAGCCUGAGAUAUACCUAUAAACCCGCCCAGUAAUACAUGGCUCUUAAUGUGUAGCUGGCCUGGCCUUUAGGGUGUACAUAAUGCCUUUUUUCCUAUUGACAUGUAAAAGACUGAUUGUUAGAGAUAUGGAAUCCCGUGCAAUUUGUAGAUGCGUUUGGUUUACUUUGCACGAACGAUGGCUUCUAUUC